UCUGCCCCCACUUUCCUACCCAUCUCUGCCUCCAGGUGAAUCUCUAUAAAAAUCUCUCCUUUUUCUGUGUACUUUGAAGCUGGCACAGUAUCUUUAUCAACUCUCUCUCCCCUUCUUUCUCUUUGCUUGCCAAGUCCUCCUUUCUCUAGGAGGGAAGGAGACACCGAGAGAGAAAGCCUUUCGCAUUUCUCACCCAACAUCCCUUUCGCUUUAUCUUGGUUCUCUUUUCUGCUUGACCGGAGAUGAGGAGAUCGAGCUCGAAGCCGGCGAGCAAUAACGGGAGCAAAGAGAGGAUAGAGUGGGAGAUGAGACCUGGAGGGAUGCUGGUCCAGAAGAGGGAAGACGGGGUCGGAGCCGCUGGGCCUACGAUCAAGAUUAAGGUCUCCCAUGGCUCCUACCAGCACGAGAUCACUGUCCCUGCCCAGUCCACCUUUGGGGAAUUGAAGAAGGUCUUGGCCCAGGAAACUGGUUUGGAGCCUCAGGAGCAGAGGCUGUUGUUCAGAGGGAAAGAGAAGGAAAAUGACGAGUGUUUACACAUGGUGGGGGUCAAGGACAUGUCGAAGGUGCUUCUUUUGGAGGACCCCGCCAGCAAGGAGCGGAAGCUGGAGCAGAUGAAGAGGGACCUGGGGAUCUCGAAGGCGUGUGAAGCUGUUGUCCGUGUCAAGGUCGAGGUAGAUAAGCUCGCUGAGAAGGUUACUCCUUUGGAGUCUGCCGUGCACAGUGGAACAAAGGUUGCGGAGAAAGAGUUUGUUGUAUUGACUGAGUUGCUUAUGAUGCAGUUGCUGAAAUUGGACAGCAUCGAGGCAGAAGGUGAAGCAAAGGUGAAGAGGAGGACUGAGGUGCGUCGGGUACAAAACGUUGUGGAGACGCUCGACUUACUGAAGGCAAGAAACUCCAAUCCGUUCAGCGAAAGUAGCAAUGCCAUUUCCGUGACAACCCAAUGGGAGACAUUUGGGUCUGGGUUGGGCAGUCUGAAGGCACCUCGUCCUGUGACAUCCUCCACAAAAAGAACCAAUGACUGGGAACUCUUCGACUAGCUGCAUAGCGGGAGACGGUUAUCCAUAGUUGAAUUUUCUUCUUUCCAUAGUUUUUGCCCUCCCUUGGAGCUUAAAUUCUUCUGCUAAAGCAGUGAUCGAUUGUACAUAUGACUCCCCAAAUUCUUCUAUCAAACUGCUGCAUUACUCAUGCAAAUUGCUGUGACUUUAUACUGAAUAUAUAUAUAUAUAUAUAUAUAUUCAUCAGCUUAUACAAUUUUGUCACAGAGUUUGGUUCUCAACAUCA